GCUGCCACCACCAGCCUCUGACGUCCGCGCCAGGUGCGCAGCCAGCGCGCAUAGGCGCGCGGGUUUUGAAGAGGCGCAGCAUACCCGGUAGCCAAGAGCAGGCCGGGAGCUCAACCCGCAGGUCCCAGAUCCUGCUGUCGUGGUCGCCGGGAGUGCGAGUGACUCUGGCUUCAGCUGGUGUCUGCAAGCUCACGUCACCUGUUUGACAGCCUCCCACCAAAUCAGAGGGCAGCGCUCGCCAGGAGCCCCUAGCGUCACCGGCUCCCGCAGAUUAGAACUCGCCUCUCAUAGUUCCUCCCUUCAUUCCAUUUAAAGCUCCCACUGGCUUUAAGAAAAAGUUAAGUGUGAGCUCAGUUUCUUCAGCGCUUUCUUCCACUGCAAUAUGAACACCAUUCUGCCUUGCCAAGACCAGUAUUUUGCAGGAGACCAGAGUUAUAAUUGCCCGUAUUCCACUACACCGUCAGAAACUAGUGUUGACGUUUCCACGGAGACUUGGGUCUCUUUCUGGGCUGCUGGUCUCCUGGACAACAGUGAGCCCCAACAAGCACCACAGGCACAGGAGUCAUCUUCUAAUUCGAGUUUUCCUAUUCUGGACUCAUGUUCCUGGGAAGAAGCUCAGCUUUCCUCACAGCUCUACAGAAAUAAACAGCUCCAAGAUACUCUGGUUCAGAAGGAAGAAGAACUUGCUAGGCUACAUGAAGAGAAUAAUCACCUCAGACAAUACCUGAAUUCUACUUUGGUUAAAUGUCUUGAAGAAAAGGCCAAGAAAUUGUUGUCAUCAGAUGAGUUCUCCAAAGUGUGUGGAAAAUUCAGAAAGGGGAAGAGGAAACACAAAGAGCAGGGAUACUCUCCUGCUGAGAUCCCCCAUUCCAAAAAUGUCAAGAGAAACCUCUCUAGUGAGUUUGCUAACUGUGAAAAACCACCUGGGCCCCAUGUUGAUCCCUGGGUGCUUCAAACACUUGGAUUGAAAGACCUCAACACCAUUGAUGACACCUCAUCAGCUAACUACAGUGCCCUCUCCUCUCAUCCCAGAAGAGUGACUAGCACAUACUCUCAUUUUCCGAGUGAUGCCAUUGAUUAUGAAAAUGUCCCCAGAGAGGAUGUGCCAAUCAACUAUGGAGGUGAAAGAACAACCCCCUUGCACAGCACUGCCAGCCAUGGGGAAGACUUCCACUACUUUUCUCAACUUUCAAAUCCCCCAACAGAGGUGCAAACACUUCCUUAUCAUCCAGCUGAUGUGUCACCCAACAAGACAGAGAUGGCAUUUUCCACAUCCCUGAGUCCUCACUGUAAUGUCAAAACUCAUUCCUUCCACCAGGGACAAGCCUUUGUGUGUAGAGAUGAAGAAGGAGGCUGGAAGUUUGCCUGGGUCCCUAAACAGCCUUAGUGACCCCUCUUGUAUCACAGAGCACUGCCAGGAACUCUGUUUACAAAGACCUCUCUUACACUGCAACCUGACUAUGUGGAGCACAGAAGCUAUUGCCCAGACAAUCUUUAGCCACUUUAAAUGUUACUCUCAACUACCACUUAAAUUUGUAGGGAAUAGCUUCCAAGAAUCCAUAUGAGAGGCAUAUGCUCUUCCUCCACCUGAACUUGACUAGUUUGCACAUCAAGGUCUGCUAUCAACUUCUUCUCUUUGCCCUGUACUUGAAAAGGUGUUUUCCAAUCUUCUGUAGAUUUCUUCAAGACCUAGAUAUACUUUGCUUAUCAUGACCUGUUUAACACCUUUUGUUCUCUUGUCAAGUAGUUUAAAUAUGUAUGGUCUUUAUUUCUCUCCCUCUUCUACAUUUCUUUAUUUCUGAAAACUGCCUUUAGAAUGAGCCCUAUUUUUGUUUCAAGUACUUCCUCCUGGUUGUUUAAAUUGUUAGAGGUAGGGUAAAAGCAAGUGUCUGCCCAUCACCACUGCUGAAGAAGUAUUGUGGAUAUGAGUAACAGUAUGUCCAGGGCAGCUCAAAGAGUCAAGUGUUGCAGGGUGGCUUUGGCAAAACAUCUCUAAGACGGCUGUGACUCCACUGAUAAGCAAUACCACUGAAAAAUGACAAAAGUUAAAAAGAAUUAAAGUUACUUCAAAAUGUCCCAAUACCUGCUUCCAUUGGCACCUGGCCAUUGUUUCUUUAACUGACAUGGCUCAAAAAUGAUAUUUUUGAGGAACUGUUACACAACAAAUCAUCAUCUUAAACUGCACAGAUGCUGGCAAACUCAUCACUAGCCCAGCUCUGACAAUGUCACACUCAUUUCUUCUGUCAGUCAUGUAUUCAUGCAAUUCACCUAAAAUAUCUAUAGAAUACCUCAUGCUCACUGUGUAACAGGCAUUGUAAUUCAGGAUGGUGAUAAAAUGUGAGCAGUUUGGGCCCUGUGCCCACACUCAUGAGACCUAGAGCCAUUCAUCUGCUGUCAUCCCUGAGAAAGCUAUUUCCUGGUAUGAAAAUUCAAUUUUCCCAGCUGUGGAAUACAGAACUUGAUUAGAUAACUUCUAACAUUCUAUGAAUGAAGUCUGGAUCCCAUCAGAUUUAUUUCUAUUUGGUCAUUCAAGGCCAUUUUUCUCUUAGAAAGGUACUGCAUAUACUAGGUAGGGUGAACUUUAUCUGCAAUGGAAAAAAUAGAAAAAUAAAUAUGAGUCAUUUGUAAUCAGCAUUAGAAAUCAUUUCUCUGAUCACAGGAUUCUUUUUUCCAGUAUGAGCCCACUUUGCAGGUUGAUUCAGUCUGUGUGAGAGUAACCUCUAUCUAAAAAAAGAUACAUUUUAAUUUGUAAGUAAAUGUGAAUAGAGCGAAUGCAAGCAUGAUAUCAAAGAUCUCUUCUUUCCUAAAUUUUUUAAGAAUAUUUUUGGUGCUCUUGACUGUUUCCUUCCUUUCCAUCCUUCAAGCUCCCUAUUGUUCCCAGAAUAAACUAUGCAUCAAUGUCGGGCACCUAUGCUUUUUUGGACAACAUGAUUAAAUUCACCAGGUUGAAAGCCAUCUCCAUCUUUCUCUUUCUAUUCUCCUCUCAAUACUUCACUAUGCACAAUCAACUUCUUUGUGUGUGCCAUUUGGAAUUCUUUGUAACCAAGACAUUUCUUUUGUGUUUGAUCAUUGCUUUAUUUAUGUUGUGUGAGCAAAUAUCUAUUUUAUAAAGCUUUGUUACCCAUUAGUUUUCUUUAUAAUUCAUGAAGGUGAAUACAAAUUAGUAAUUAAUAUUAUUCUCGGGAAUAUUUUAAAACUAAGGAAGAGAUAGCAUAUGUUCUACUCCCCCCCCCAAACCCCCCAAAACACAAAAAGUACCUUUUACAUUCUGGUAUCUAUGCCUCUUGUGGGUGAAAUUUAUCUCUAGAAUAAUAAAUUUAUAAUUAGAAUUGAUUAUACUUUACUACACAAGGAAUUGAGUAAGCAAUGGAACUAUUUAAAAACUCUUAUAAUCAAGCUGUAAAACAAAAUUUACCAGUUAACACAUAUUUAUUUUGCAAUAUCCAUGUGCCAUGUUAUAUGUUAAUUACCAUGAGGAAACACCCAGGCUUCUCACAGUGCAUUUGGUGCAUAAAAAAGUCACCAAAAAUAUCAAAGCUUUUGAAAGCUUUUAAAUGAAACUUGGUUUCAGCCUGGUUAAAGAAACUAUAGGACAUUUAUGUGGCAAAUUAUGAUAUCUUCUUCUAACUCAUAUCAUGAAUGAUAGUAUGGAAGAAAAUUACCACAUAUGUUUGCAAUUAUAUUUAUAAACAUUUGAUAUUCAUUUGAAUAAUGUAUACAAAAUUAUUUUGUUAAUGUUUGAGAAAUUGGAAAUUCGUUUCACUCAAGUAUAUGUUCUAACUUUUAUAGUUUUAUCAUGCAUUUCCAGUAAACCAGUUAAUAUUUUAUUAAGAUAAAGUGGGAAAUGAAACUAAAUACCUUUGUGAUUAUGAUGAAUAAUUUUAUAUUGUACAUAACAUUUUUAAUAAUGGACUUUUUUCUCCUGGAUUUUUGUGACCACAAUCCUGUAUAUUUGACUCUCUUUUGUAUGACAUAUGAUAUGGCCAGAUUAAUAUCCUCAGAAUUUAAUGGUUCCUUCUCUCCUCUAGGAUACAUUAAUGAUUUUUCCCAUGUUAGGUGGCCUGAAGAGAAAAAUGCCUUAGGAGUACAGCACUCUCUUACUUAAUCUCACAGAAAAAUUAGAAUUCAAUUUUUUUAAAUUUGAUGACACUUCCAAUGUCCUCUGAUACUCUGAAAACAAUCCUGUGUCUUACUAGUAUCUGGAAAAUAUGGACAAUUGGAAAGUCUCAGUUCUAUAGGUGAUGUUUAAUAAGUAGGGUUACUUAAAAUUGCAGUGAUGUUAAACUAUAAUUUUGAAAAGAUUAAAGAAUGUGAAUAAAUAAAAAGACUUUAAUGUACUUGAUGUAAUUGAAGAAAGCAGAAUAUGUUUUUAAAUAUGACAAAUGAAUUCAACAAUAAAUUGAAGUACCACAGGUAUAGCAGAAAAUAUAGUUAGUACAUUUACUGAUAACUACUUUUAUUUUGUACUAGGGAUUGAAUCCAGGCAUGCUUGUCCACUAAGCCCCAUCCUUAGCCUUUUUAAAAUAUUUUGUUUAAAGACAGGAUCAUGCUGAGUUGCUUAGAGCCUGGCUAAUUUGCUGAUGCUGGCUUUAAACUGCCUCAGCCUCGGGUGCCACUGGAAUUACAAGUAUGCACCUGGCACUUGGCCAUCCACUGAUAACUUUUUAAAUGUAUAAUUUUUUGCCUGUAAAGUUCAGGUAUGCAAUUAGAUAUUUGUUUCAAUUUACCAAAAGAUUCACAUAUUGUUAAAUAGUAAAUGCCUAAUUUUAAUUUUUUUAAAUAAAACCACAUAUAUUUGGUUUUCAUGUUAGAAGUUUAUGGUAUGAUUAUAUUUCUUAACAAUCUUUUCAUAUUUUUAUCUAUCUUUUUGUUACAUGAACAUAAACAUUCAAUUUUAAUCCUUAUAUUGGAUAUUCUGCAAAUGUAAAAUAUAAUUCAACACUUAAGAAUAAGCACUUAGAUGCUAUGUUUCUUUUUGAUUUGAACUUUUUUAAAUUAUGGAAGUCAAUUUUGUGAUGAACUUAUGACUAAUAAAUAAAUGACAAGUCAUUUAAUUUUAUGUUCAGCCCUUAAUUUGGAAACAUGUUUUCAGUGAAUGGAGCAAUGAACUAAGAAAAAGGUUUUGUUUCUCCUAUAAAUCCUAUGUCAUAAAAAUAUGUAUUUCAAUUUACAAAUGUGUGAAAUAGUAGUAUGAUUAAUAACUGAGGCAAUUAUUCAAUAGAUAUAGCUGGUGUCAAGCUCUGCUGAAGAUAUAAAGAUGAUGUUAUAUAAAAGGGUAUAUGUAUUAAAAUUAACUUAUGUAUAAAUGAGAGAAACAUAACUUCAACAUGAUUGAUUAAAGCAAGGGUGUAAAGGCUCUCAUAAUGAAAACAUCCACAUUGCAAGUAUGGAAUUAUGGUUGAUUCUAUAUACCCAAAGCGUACUGUCAAGAAUCUGGUUUGGGAUUUCAAGGGAGGUGGUAUUUGGGGAUGGAUUCUUGAAUGGUGAUAAAAAUAAAAGCACACAAAAGUAAUAAAGAAACCAGCUCUGUGAGUUUGAAAAGGAAGCUACAUCUCAUAAAAUAUUUUCUAUUUUUGGACAUUCUCCUUAUUCUUCCAAUUUAUAAUCCUGUUAAAUGAGUAAAACUUGAGUUAAAGGUUCCAGACUGGUCUCACUUAUGCCAUGGAUAGUUGUGAACAUACUGGAUUAUCUGCAUGUGAGAAUUGUGAGCAGGAUUUCCUUAAGGCCAUUAUCUAGACUAUGUAACAGUAAAGGGGAGAAUAAUAUCAAGAGAAAAUGUUUGGGAUUUGCAUAUCAGGCCAUUAACCCUUUCUAUUUGGACAUUCUUUUGGUAUCAUUGAUGGAUAACACUGAUUUUAUUUAGUUGUUUUUUUUUUUUUUUUUUAAACAGGGCUGUUUGAUUUUUUUUUCCUUAGAGAAUAGUGCUUAAACACUUGUUUGCUCUAAAUAACUUUUGAAUAUGAAUGUAGUCAAUACAGAUUAUUAAACACAGAUCAUCAGGAUGAAUUAGAUAGUGUGAAUUUCAUUUGAAAGAUAAAAAACCUGGUCUGAAGUGUUGUGCAGGUAAUAAAAUAAUAAAUAGGUGAAGCCUAAGAAAUGCUCUGGCAUUGACUUUAGAUCUAAUGCUCUUUCUACUAUAAGACAUAAUAAUCAUUUUGGGGACCAAUAAACAUACUUAUAGGCCACUGGCUAUUACAGUGUAUUACAGGCUUCAGAUACAGAGGCCCCGCAAGUAUAGAGGGGUUCUUAAAUCUUUAUUUUACUGUCAUUGGAGGUCUAUUUCAUAGCUUAAAAAUUCCAUCAUUGCUAACAGACAUUGUUCACAAGAGACCUAAUUCACCUUCCAUCAUUUUGAAGUAAAGUAGUGUGUAAUUUGAAGCCCAUUUCAAAAAUUGGUAUGACUAGAGUGGAGUGGCAAAGCAUGAAAAGGCAUCAUGGUCAAAAGUACUAAUAUGCUUCUUAAAGGCAAAAAGAGAAAUUCUUUCCCAAUUACUACUGCUAAUAUUCAUGCCUAGAGUAGCUAUGUAUAAGCAAUCCUUAUGAAGCUUCUCUUCCUCUUGUCAUAGGAAAUAGACUUUAUAUACUUCUUCAGGUGAUGGCAUUAUUCCCUUCCCAGUCAAUCCUUUUAGGUUUAACACCAGGGGAAAGUAAAAUCAUGAUAUUUACAAUGCUGAACCCACUGGUUCAGACACACCAUGGACAUUCUAUCUUCUCUUUUUGGAAAUCAGGAGUUAAAUGGUAACUUUCAGGAACACAGCAGAUUUUCCCUCUCAUCUCUAUUCAAGGUUUAUAAAAAGGCAGAGAAAGUAUUUCAAGGUAAUUUCUCAUUUCAAAAGAGUCUUUAAAACCAAAAGGAUAGUCCCCCUGGGAUAAGUUCCAGCUCUCUCAGGAAUUUUCUGAAGGUAAUGUUCCCCCAGAGCCCUCCAGUUGCAGUGAAUCUGAGAAUAAGAGAAGCUCUUUAAUGAAUGUGCUGUGAGAAACCAGAACACCUGGACACAAUGAGGCAAAAGAUCCAAACAUGUCCUCCUUUCAUUUUUGUCUCCUGAGAUUUGCCACUUCACAGAAGCCACAAUGUCAUCCUCCCUCCAUCCCUGGCUCACAGGGGAGAUCAUUCCAGAUGCAAUCUGAAAGUGACAUCUGUACAGAACCGCCCAUGGCCCCACCUACCUGGCAGAGCUGGGAGUAUAGCUCAGUCAUCCUAGCCUCCAUUGAGAAUUAGAGCACAUAUUGCCAGAGACUUAGCCUUUUCUUCCUUUUCUUUUAAGGACUACCACUAGUCCCACCAAAUCCAUCCUAUCGUCCUCACUCCAAAUUUAGACAAUCAUUUUAAUUAACAUACUCCUUCUUUUGAAACAAUACAGAAUGAAUUCAGAUUCUGUCAUAUAUCCUUCAUACAGGGUAAAAUAUACAUUUUAAAUUCUCAAAUGAAAAACUUCAUACUUCAUAAAAUAUAGCAUUCCAAAAUAAUUUACAGCUAUUUCUACUGACUCAGUUAAAUGAAUAUUCAAUGUUUUCCUUUUGUGUUCAAAAUGUGAUCUUAUAUUUUAGGGACUGUAGUCCAUGUCUAAAGGCUGAUAAGUAGAGAGAAACUAGGAAAGGAUUCAUUGAUGGCGUGAUGUUAGAGACAUUCAUCAAAUUAUACUGGCAACAAAUACAGAUAGAGGUAAAAGGAAAAAUAGAAGAAAAGGUAUAGGGCCUAUUGGGGAAAUGAAAACUAGCCCAGGUGGCUGCAGGGUAGCGUUUUAUAAAAUAAAGCAUGUAUUCUGGGGAUUCAGCAGAAGUUUCUGUAUAAUGAGACACACUUCUGCUUCUUUGGAUGUUCUGUAAAUACAAAUGGAGGUAACAUAUACUGAGCCCAAAAGGGCAAGAACAAAAACUUACACAUGUUAGUUUUAUCCUUGAAAUAAAGCAUCAUCUCUCAUGCUUAUUUAUACAGUUUCCAUUAGAGUCUGGUUUCUCUUCAUAUCAUAUAAAUCUUUCAUAUUUUAUUAUUUAUACUGGUUCUAGUACAGUAAUUAAUAAAAAGGGAAAAAAAACCUUCAACUUUUAUAGAUUUUCUUUAACAGUGCUCUGAAUUUCUUCAGACUAAAAUGAAACCUUCAUAGACAAACUAUGAGAUGUUUUCAAAUCCCUAAGUUCUUUUUAAAACAAACUGAUGUUGUACUUUUUUUGAAAAUCUAAUAUGUACUGCACAUACAGCAUGAGGACUAAGGAGAUUACAUGGCAGGGGGCAUCAUCUUUUUGGAAUAUUAAUGGAAGAGUACCUAUCCAAAUCCCUUUCUCACUACAGGAGGGAGGGUGGGAAUGUAGGUGAAGACAUUCAAGAGAAUCCUGUGAAGAGUAGGAGUGACAGCAAGAAAGGAAGGGUAUAUGAAUGGUUUUUUCCUUAACUAGACACUGAUGCAGAAGCACAAUAUGCAAUGCAGGGCAACAAAGAUGAGGCAGCAGAGUAACCUGGAUCCUCUGAGUUCUUUAAGACAGGGAUUCCUAGGGCAGAACAAACAUUAUAGAAUUUCUCAUUUCUGGGUUUUAAAACAUCCCAAGUGUACCUGGUCUCACCCAUCUCUAAAGUAAUGGGCGUAAGUAACAAGAAGCUCCAGAAUCGACAUCUGGCAGUGUGAGCUGAAGGUGGGGAGAAGAGGAGCAGAUUGAUGUGGUCAAGCCAAAGCUAUGUGGAAGUUCUUGGGUCCUAAAAUGAUGUCAUAAAGGCAUCUCACAAAAGUAUAAUUAUCUAAUUUAUUGCCCAAAACAUGACAAAUAGUAAACUGGAAGGAAUGCUGGAACAAUAGAUAAAAUCAUAAAUUACUGCAAUUAACCAGGACAUAUUUCCACAAUAUAAAGAAAACACAGCAUCUGAAUGCCUGUUACAGAGAGGAAGGACACCAGCAACCAGUCAUUUCACCUAGGGAGACCACAACUGUGAAUAAGAAGAGAUUAAACUUCAUCUGGUUAUGUAGAUGUGCAUCAUCUUAAAAGAAGGAAGCAGAUUUGUCAAAAGUGGACCUUCCUCCAUUCUAAUGUGCCUUGAACCACAAGUUUAGCCCACACUGAGGGAGGGGAAUAAGUUAUAAGAUUACCAAAUUAAUCAGUUAAAAUAUUAUAUUUUAUUUAUUUAUUAAAUAAAUAGCCAUGUUAUUUACUGGAAUGCAUUACAAUUCUUCUUACUCAUAUAGAGCACAUUUUUUCAUAUCUCUGGUUAUAUACAAAGUAUAUUCACAACAAUUUGUGUCUUCAUACAUGUACUUUGGAUAAUAAUGAUCAUCACAUUCCACCAUCAUUUAUAACCCCGUGCCCCCUCCCUUCCCCUCCAACCCCUCUCCCCUAUCUAGAGUUUGUCUAUUCCUCCCAUGCUCCUUAUUCCUAUCGCACUAUGAAUCAGUCUCCUUAUAUCAGAGAAAACAUUUGGCAUUUGUCUUUUGGGGAUUAGCUAACUUCACUUAGCAUUUUAAAACUUACCUGGCCUCUGAUUCAUGGACUAAAGUGACUUAAUAUUUCUCUUGAAGUGGAAAUGUAAUUCAGUAAAGUUGAACUCAGACAAAGGGAGAAAUAGAUAGUUCAUUCCAAAUAAUAUAAAUCACAAUUAGUCAAGCCAAUAUACCACUGACAAGUGGUGUAGAGAGUGAAAAAUGAGUUGAAGAGAGAACUAGAGUGGGCUUUUUGAGAUGAACCAAGGCUCAUUUGCAGCUGGUAAUAAAAAUAUAAGUAAAACAAAUUUGAAUCACUAAAGUAUCACUCUUAAU